GAGAAUAGCACUCGGUCUACACUAUAUGAAUUCUCAUUGGCUCUCGCUUUCGUGGUAGUCUUGACCAACCGAUAAGGGUCUGACGGUAAAUAUAGACACGAGAUCAUGUGCAGUCUAGACUACGGUUGGUGUACCCCCUCUAAAUCAGGCGGCAAACCCGUUUUUGGUUAGACCGAAUUCUUCUUGAGCACUGAGGGGACAUUUUUCUCAUCACAUACGAGUUGUCAUUUUACUGCGAGCAGUGCGCUGGCGUAGGAUAAAUAUGUCUCACAAAAGUUGUUAUACAAACCCUGGCACAGGGGGGAAGCGACCUCGAAACGACAAGGGGAACAAGGUGACAGUUGUACUUGGUGCACAAUGGGGCGAUGAAGGGAAGGGGAAAGUGGUGGAUUUGUUGGCGACAGAGUCGGACAUCAUUUGCAGAUGCCAGGGCGGUAACAACGCAGGUCACACGGUGGUCGUGGAUGGGAAGGAAUAUGACUUCCACCUCCUCCCCAGUGGGAUCAUCAACUCCAAAGCUGUUUCUGUGAUCGGAAGAUGUAGGCCUACUGUCAAAUCAUUCAGUUCCAGUCCAAAGUUUGGACACACCUACUCAAGGGGCAAUGGUGUGGUCAUUCAUCUGCCAGGCUUGUUAGAAGAAGCGGAAAAAAAUGAAAAGAAAGGCCUUAAAGACUGGGAGAAGAGACUGAUCAUCUCAGACAGGGCCCACAUUGUGUUUGACUUCCACCAGGCAGUCGACGGGCUCCAGGAGGUACAGAGACAAGCACAGGACGGGAUAAAUAUUGGAACCACAAAGAAAGGCAUCGGACCGACCUACUCUAGCAAAGCGUCACGUACGGGGCUGCGUAUCUGUGACCUCCUAGAUGAUUUCAAAGACUUUUCUACGAGGUUCAAGAACCUUGCUCAGCAGUACCAGGCCAUGUUCCCCACACUGGUGGUAGAUGUUGACGGUCAGCUGAACAAAUUAAAGGAGUAUGCUGAGCGGAUAAGACCCAUGGUGCGAGACGGUGUCUAUUUCAUGUACGACGCUAUUAAUGGACCCCCUAAGAAGAUUCUGGUGGAGGGAGCGAACGCUGCCCUGCUUGACAUUGACUUUGGUACAUACCCAUUUGUGACAUCAUCAAACUGCACCGUGGGUGGUGUGUGUACAGGACUGGGCAUCCCCCCUCUGAACAUUGGUGAUGUGUACGGGGUUGUGAAGGCCUACACCACUAGGGUGGGCAUCGGGGCGUUCCCAACAGAACAACUCAAUGAGGUUGGGGAGCUGCUACAGACGCGGGGCCAUGAGGUGGGCGUGACCACAGGGAGGAAACGACGCUGUGGUUGGCUGGAUCUGGUCAUCCUGCGUUACGCCAAUAUGAUAAACGGCUUCACGGCGUUUGCAUUAACCAAACUUGAUAUCCUUGAUGUGAUGGAUGAAAUCAAAGUGGGAGUGUCUUAUAAACUCAAGGGCAAAAAGAUUCCCUAUUUCCCAGCUAACAUGGACGUCCUGCAGAAAGUGGAGGUGGAGUACGAGAAACUGCCUGGCUGGAAGAGUGACACCUCAGCCUGUAGGAAGUGGGAAGAUCUGCCAGGAAAAGCCCAGAACUACAUUCGCUUUGUGGAGAACCACGUUGGUGUACCCAUCAAAUGGGUUGGAGUGGGCAAGGCCAGGGAGUCUAUGAUCCAGAUGUUCUAGGACACAACAAGACCUUUGUCCUUCUUCUCUCCAUGAAGGUGAAUUGAGGUGGUAUGGCUUUAUCUUCUCUGGUCAGAUUUAUUCUGUUCUUCUGUGCAGCAGCUGCACAGACCCCAACUCCUGGACUAACAAACAGGUUCAAAUGAGAGUUUGUGCAACCACCAUGCUCUACUAUACAUGCAACCACCAUGCUCUACUAUAAAUGGUUCAAAAAAGCACAAUAACGUGAGCAAAUAAUAGUUAGAUUGAUUGUGUCACAGUAGUUCUUCUCUGUUGCAAUUUACAAACCAUGAAAUUGUCUUAGGUGAGUUCAAAUAGACCUGUUUCUGUUCCAAUAUACAGCAUUUUCGUCUUUUGUUGAAUAUUGUUUUGAUUUGAUAUUGCCGUCAUGUCAGCUAACCUACGUUAUUUAGACUUGAAUUAACAUUGGCCAAUAUCUGAUGUCUAAUAUAGUACUUGCAUGCUAGUACUACAACUGAUAUGUCAAACUAUUUUGAACAAUGCGAUGUGCAAUGGCCAGAAUGAGGUAGUUGUAUGACAUGUUGUUGUCAAGGUGGAAGUCAUGUGUCCUGAUACUCCAUGAACUGAAGUGCAAUACUGUAUUUUGUAUUUUGCUGUCCACACUAUGUUGAAAAAUCACAGGGAACCUGUUCUUUGCUUCUGUGACACAUUGGGUUAUAUAAAACAAAUGUAUUGUUGUAGCAAUUAGAGCUCGGUUUCUAUGGAUCUUUCUGCCAGUCAAAUUGAUUUUUUCCCCAGUAAUAGUAUGUCCCCCAUUGACACUGUACUGUAACAGCUAAGAAAAUGACACUGUGAUACCCCAAAAGUUUUCUAGUGCAACACUUUUACAAGUGGAAAUCUGAUAUGCAAAUAAAUCUGCUACAUCACAUACA